GUCUCCAGAUGGGAUCUAUUCUAAAUAGUCUGUGGAAUACAAUCAAAUUAGAGACAUACAAACAUCAGAAAAUAAAUGCUGACUUUGGAGGAGAUGGGUCAACAAAAGAUCAUUUUGGAUCAUCUGUAGAUGGAGAACAGUUUCUAAAUGUAGAUAAAGAGUAUGAUAAAUUACUCACUGAUAUCGACUUCAAUGGUUACAACCCGACUCCUGCAGCAAAAAGAUACCAAAGUAUGGUUGACAACUGUCAAAAAAUGCAGCAGAAUGUCUGCCUAACCGAUGUUGAAAGCCAAGUGGAAAGUACGAAAGAUAUGGUGAAAUCAACGAUGUGUGAGGAUGAGAAUAGACUAGGAGGUCCCAUGUUUGACCCACCUCUCUAUGUACAGAGAUACAGCUUCCUGGCAGACAAGCUGAACUCUCUAAAUGUACACAGUGUUGUAGACUUUGGUUGUGCAGAAUGUCAGCUCUCCAGAUAUUUAGCUGAUAUUGCAUCUGUCCAGCGGAUUGCUUUGGUAGACAUGAACAGGCCAUUGUUACAAACACAUAAAUACAACAUUAAACCCGCCAUAUACCACUUCCUGGACAAACGAAAUCAUCUGCUGACCAUACAGAUCUACCAUGGUGAUGCUACUGUAGUGGACAUGAGGAUGCUGGGAUAUGAUGCUGUCAGUAUGAUAGAGUUUAUUGAACAUUUAUGCCCAGAGGACCUUCAUAAAGUGUGUAAUACAGUCUUCCAUGAACUACAGCCUCGGAUUAUCGUUGUGACGACACCAAAUUUUGAGUAUAACCAAUUAUUUCCUGACGAUGGCCAAACAUUCAGACAUUGCGACCAUAAAUUUGAGUGGACAAGAAAGGAGUUUCAGAGUUGGGGUAAUCUACAGGCUGGUAUCCAUGGCUACACCGUCCAUUACACAGGUAUAGGUGACCCUCCUCAAGAGAAAAGUCAUCUUGGUCACUGCUCUCAAGCUGCCAUUUUUGAAAAGAUUGAGAUCAAGCAAAGAACUCCAGUGAACAAAUUCCAUUCCCACUGUUACACAUUGAUUGCGGAAGAAGUUUACCCAUACAUGAACAAAGAAGAUACAAUGUCACCUAGCGAAGCUUUAUCUAUGGAGAUACAAUACAACAUUAGAGAACUUCUCAAGGGAGAGAACUAUCUAGAACUUGAGCCAGACAAGGUUGUAAUAUAUCUCAGUGAGCUGAUGAAAUACAAAAAACUGGCAAAAAUGUGCAAAAGCAACAUCAUUUCUCUCAGGGAACAUUUUGUAGAUAAGAAUUUCGUACUGACGAAAGAUCUCUCCGGAAUCAUUGUUUGUCCUACAGACUACUUCGAGACAAAAACGUUUGACCAGGACGAUGAUAAUGAAGACUGGGAUUUAGAUGAACUGGAUGGAAAUACGAAAGAGAAGGAAGUGAUGACAUCAAGAAAUCAUAUUGUCAUAGACAGUAUGCCUCCAGAGGAAUGCUGGGACUAAAUUAUCAUGGCCAAGUUGGAGAUUUAACAUGUGUCCAAGGCAUUCUAUGCAUUUUGUGUAAGGUCAUUCACAACAGUCAGUAUUUGUAUCCAGUAUCAGAGGAUAUGUUAGCUAUUAACAUCUCCAUUAGUGAUGUUUAUAUACAUGAAAAUUAUUUUCAGAUAUUUUUCAACUUUUUUAAAUUCAUUCCAUUUAUGACAUAAAUAAUGUAUUUUAAAGG